UUAACGGCAAGUGGAUGUCCAGAUAUGAUGAUCUUUACCACGGUAUAUAAUAUUAUAGUGCACAACAUUCUGAUCAUUACAAUUUGCAAUGGUCUAAAUAUUUACAACAUCGACACAGGUCCAAGGAAUAACGACACAGUUGCUAUAAUUAUAAACCCAAAGUUUACCGCAAGUAAAAAUAAUGAAAUUAGGAAUACCAUUAAUGGGCAUAUUUACAAACUAAAACAAGAUGUAUUUAAACAAGCCGGAGUGUCUGUUGAAGUUUAUGCAACAACUAAUAUUAAACUAUCGAGAGAUAUGGUUUCGAUCUUCAUUGUAUCAUACUGUGAAGAUAUUUGGGAUUUAUAUUAUAAAGCUGAAUUUGAAGGAUUAAAUGGAUUACUGUAUAUUUCAAUAACAGAUACUGAUUGUCCAAGACUACCAACCGACGAGGCAAUUACUAUUCCUCUGACAGCCCAUAAUUCGGAACUGUCUCAAAUGAUAUUGGAUUUAAGAAUGUCAAACGCGUUUUCAUGGAAAUCAGCAGUUUUAAUGCAUGACAAUUCUAUUGGGGAUAGCGUUUUACAACACAUUGUCACUUCAUUGACAAAGUACUAUCCAAGUAAUAUUUUAUCACCAUCUAUAACUAUUUUUGAAAUUUAUACGCAAGGAUCUGAGUGGAAGAGGAGAAAAUUAUUUAUGGAGGAUCUUCAACAUUUCUUAAAAAUGAGUGAAAUAAAUUCAAAUUAUAUUUGCAUUGUCAGCAUUCUUUAUGUACCUUUAAUCCUAGACGUGGCUAAAUCAUUGAAUUUGAUGACUGCUGAAAAUAGUUGGCUAAUUAUUAUUCCAGAUAUAGAUUCAUCUAGAAGUAAUUCAUCAUCAUUUACAAAUCUGUUGAGCGAAGGAGAAAAUAUAUCUUUUAUUUACAACUCUACAAAAACAGGUUCCAAAUGUAUUGGAGGAAUCUUGUGUUUGGUGGAUGAAUUAAUGUCUGUGUUUAUAAUGGCCUUCAGCGCAUUGAUUCAACAAGAAAUAGAGUUAUCACAACGAGUAUCGGAAGAAGAAUGGGAUGAAAUUAGACCGUCAAAAAUUGAUAGGAGACAAUCGAUGGUAUCGUUCAUCAAGUUUCGUUUGAACGAAUCUGGUGUAUGCGAAACAUGCCCGUUAUGGCAAAUUGAUUCUGGUGUUACAUGGGGCCAAGAGCAUUUUGGUCAAGGAUGUUACAUUCUUCCGGUGGGUUAUUGGAAUACAAAAACUGGCUUAAAGCUAACUGAACCACUUUUCCUGCAUUUGGCAAAUGGUUUCAGAGGAAUAGCAUUACCUAUUGCUACUUUUAAUUUUCCACCUUGGCAAAUCGUAAAUUUCAACAGAAGUGGUCAUUUGAUAGGUUAUAGUGGUUUAGUUUUCGAUAUUAUCAAUCAAUUGGCAAAAACAUUAAAUUUUACUUAUAAUGUCAUUGUCAUAUCUAAUACGGACCAAAUGAAUACUACGAGAACUUUAUUUAUGCAAAAUAAUGUAUUGGGUGAACAUGAUGCAGUAGUCUCAAAACCAUUAUGGGAUAAAAUGAUAGACCUUGUUCGAGCUGAAAAAGUGUUCAUUGCAGCAGCUGCAUUUGCCGUAAAACAAGCAAACCAAAUAUUGGUUAACUAUACAACACACAUAAGUCUAGAGCCACAUCAAAUUUUAGUGGCCAGACCAAAGGAACUAAGCCGAGCCUUGUUGUUUACUGCUCCGUUUACGUUAUUGACUUGGUUGUGCAUUGCUAUUGUGGUUGGUCUUAUGGGUCCUCUACUAAAUGUAUUUCAUGUCUUAAGUCCAUACUAUGAAUAUCACAGCAUACCAAGAAAAGGAGGCCUUAACUCACCAUUAAAUUGUUUUUGGUAUGUUUACGGCGCACUGUUGCAACAAGGGGGAGCACAUUUACCUGAUGCAGACAGCGGUCGAUUAGUAGUUGGCACCUGGUGGCUAUUCGUGUUGGUCAUCGUAACCACGUACAGUGGAAACUUAGUGGCAUAUUUGACGUUUCCCCAGAUGGAUUCAAUGGUGUCUAAUGUGGCUGAUUUGAUGGCUCGUAAACCUCAAGGAUAUUCAUGGGGAAUACCGAAAACAUCAAAUUUACAUUCAUUACUUACCACAUUACCAGAUGAUACAAUGGUCAAAGAGUUAAUUAAAAAUGCCGAACACCACGAGGGGUUGUCAAGAUCAAUUAUAGAAAGAGUGCGAUCUGGUAAACAUGCGUUCAUUCACCGUCGAACCAAUUUAAUGUACAUUAUGAAGAAUGAUUUUCUUAAAACUAAUAGAUGUGACUUUGCUAUAGGAAAUGAAGAUUUUGCUGAAGAAAAAUUGGCAAUGAUGCUAUCAAAAGACAACCCUUAUCUCAGUAGAAUAAACAGAGAAAUUGAAAAAAUGCAUAAGGUUGGUCUCAUAAACAAAUGGUUAGUGGACACAUUACCCAAAAAAGACCAAUGUUGGACCAACACACAAUUAGAAGUAACAAAUCAUAAAGUAAAUUUAGAUGAUAUGCAAGGAUCGUUUAUUGUUCUAUUAUUGGGUGUACUAUCAUCGCUGGUGUCAUUUGUUUUUGAAUACAUACUGCACAAAUACAUAAAUCGGCGUCAGAUAGUAAUAACACCAUUCAUAAACUGAUAUCAAACAACUGUAUAUUCAACAGUCU